AAUAAGUAUGCGUAGAGAGAGAAAGUUGACUAAAUGUGUGUUGGAAGUGAUUGCCUUUUCACUUAAAUAUUAAAACGCCUCGUACACACAGCACCAUCGCAGCUCGCCUUCUCUCUCUCUAGAACUCUCGUCCGAGGAUGCGUUUGUCUCUAUCUACCUAUGAUUUUAUAGGGGUUAUUGUAUUUAUGCGUAUGUGAUGCUGUGUCGUGCACCGGGCUGAGAUUUCGCCACCAUUUUUUUUUUCGCUUCUACAUAUAAUGAAAAAGGUGAAAGGGGAUUUUGGCAGUCUUUUUGUGAAUAAAUAUAAGGGGGUCGUCGAUCAAACAGACCCGGUUUAAUUGGUGAAGACAUACAGCCUUGCACCCAUGUCUGGAUAUCAAUAAAAUGUUGUUCAUCUGCAAAAGCAAAGCAUCUUUGACCUGCUGAAGAAUCAUGACCAUGAAGGAAAAUUGGAAAGAAACCACCUUUGAUUCAAGAUGUUUAGAGAGGGAGACUGAUGCCCUAGCAUUCGGGAGUAAAGAAAGAUACGCGCUAAAUGAUUCUAAAAUGGAUGCCAAUCUUACAGAAAUAGAGGCAAAAGAUAGAGAUGACUGUUCAAACUUUAAAGUUGCGGAUGACUCUUCUAUUAAUGAUGAAAAUGGAACGAUGGCUUCUCCUUGGAAGGAAGGUCAAAAUGGACUCUCACAUCAUCAAAUCAUAGAUAAUGGAACAAUAGAUUUUCCUAGAAAGGAAAGUAAAGAUGGACAAGCACAUCAUGUAAGCAGUUGGGAUAAGGAUGCAGAUUCAUUGUCUUCUGACUCGUUUGAUAUGGAGAAAGAGCAGGGAAGUCCAGAGCGUAAAAGUUUUGACACAGUUGAAGAGUUAGCAGAUUGUAAUGGAAGUGUUCCCAGAGAUUCUAAUUCUCCAUUGUUUACAGAUAAGAGUGUAUUGGAAUGUCGUCUUCCAGAGUUGGAGGUUUGCUAUAGAGAGAUUGAUUGUCAAAUUUUGAAGGAUAUCUGUGUCGAUGAAGGUAGGCCUGAGGAAGAUGCAAACGAGAUAGAAAGUUCCAUAUUUCCCCUGCCUCCUAAUGACAAUGAUGGUCUUGAGGCUAAGGAAGAUUCCUCAAUGGAUGCCGAUAGCUUUACUGCUGAUCAAUGUGGGAGCAAAGAAGAAAAUGAUGGCAAAAAACUGAUCUCUAUGGAAAAGACUGAUUCUUGCCUAGAGAACGCAGUGGAGACAAGUGAAGCAUGCUCUGAUGGAGCUGGCAGGGCUGAGACUAAUUCUUCAGAUGACUCCCUUGCAGAUAGGAAACUUCCAGACGAAGAUAUUGGUACUCUGCCUGACCAGGUUCUUGAUCAAGUAGCAGUUCUUCAAACUCCUGCUGCGUCAUCAGCUGAAGCAGGAGGCACAAGGAAAGAUGUUCAAGCUACCUGUCUAGCAUACAAUAGCAAGAUUGAAAAUGGAACCAUUAUUUUCAACUUCAGCUCCCCUGAUGGGGUGGUAGUUGGCAACGGCAUGCCUGAAGAUGUGAAGGAACAGUCUGCUGAGUCGGGGGAUGCACACAAGGAUGUAAAUGCCGAAAUUCUUCCAGCUUCCAUGGAAGCAAAAGUUCAGUGUGCAAGCAACGGAGAAGAUGAUUCCCACCAGCAAUCCCUGGUAAGCAAUGAAGGGAAUUCUGAUGGUGGGUCAACUAUAAGCGAAGGAUCCCCUGAACAUAAACAAGCAAAUUCUGAUGAUAUUUCCAUGGAUGAUAGCCCAUUUAAGUCUCCUAGCAACACGGGCCCAGUUGCCACAAAUGAUGCACAGGCUUCUCAGGCAAAUUGUCCAAACCCCGACAAAAGGGAAUCCGGAGAUGUUCCAGUUGCUAACCAGUUACAACAUGAUAUGGGCGAGACGAGCUUCUCUGCAGCUAGCAUGAUCACUUAUUCUGGGCCAAUAGCCUAUUCUGGGAGUCUCUCUCAUCGGUCUGAUGGCAGCACAACAAGCGGGAAAUCAUUUGCUUUCCCAGUAUUACAGUCCGAGUGGAAUAGCAGUCCAGUUCGAAUGGCGAAAGCGGAUAGGAGAGAUUUUAGGAAACACAAGGGCUGGAGAUCAGGUCUUCUCUGCUGUAGAUUCUAAGUGCUUCUGUGAUAGGUUAUUAGUGAACAAAUAUACGUCUGAAAAUUUCAGAAAUGGAGUAUUGUAAGUAUGUGAGUCGAUAUUUAUACGACAGGUUUUUGAUUGUCACAGCUGCUGCCAUAUGAUAUCCACUGUUACAUGCGCAGGGCUUAAACCUUUUCUUUCA